ACGUAUUCAUGUGAUAAAAUUGUCAAACAUGUAUUCAUGUGUAUUCUAUAUACACAAAAGAAUGUGAUUGACUAUUUCACUGCGAUGAUUUCUUCUUUUUCUUCUUUCUCGGCCACCAUUGGGAUGCUUUCUUUAAUCCCAUGAUUUUACCACAAAGAAUAGGGCAGGAAACAAGACCCAUCAAAUUUGACUCUGCAAUUGUACCAACAAACUCCGCAUACUUUCAAGUUUCUGACUCAAUUCUCUAAUAUUAGCAAGAUGCUCUUCAGGAGAUUCUGAACUGGAUAAGUUGGUAAUGAGGGCGGUACACUUGGCUUGUGAAUCCAAAACUGCCUCCUUGAGCGAGGCUACAGUUGACGCUAGAGUUGACCGUGGGGUUUCAUGUGUAACAUAUGAUCUAGGAGAUUGCCCAAUACUGCCAGCACUACUGUAUAGGGAUGUUUAUAUCCAAUUCAAUCGUUGAUCCGACUUAAACUAAUUCAAUUCAAUUAAAAGUCAAUCCAAAUCAAUAUAAAAUUGGAUUGGUUUG